AUGUUUUAUUCUUCUUAUUUUUAUGCUGUGCAGUUGAAAAGGCGACCUACCGUACUGCUUCUUCUGAUUCUGCUGAUGUGGUUCUCCAAUGGUCUUGGUGUCGUUCAGGAGGAACCUAAGGGAUCAAGUUGCUGCGAUGCUUGCUUCCAAGGUCCGGCCGGAACACCUGGCGUUCCUGGAAUCCCAGGAAAUCCAGGUGGAUUCGGGGUUCAAGGACCUAUUGGCCCCAAAGGUGACCCUGGGUUUGGCCUCGCUGGACCCAAGGGAGAAACCGGUGACCACGGACGGCAGGAAGAUCAAGGCGAGCCUGGGACGCGGGGACCUCCGGGGAAGCAGGGACCUGCGGGUCGCAAGGGAGACGUUGGUGAGGGUCAGAAAGGUGACCAGGGGGAACCAGGGGUCCAGGGUCUGCCUGGUGAAAGGGGUCAAAAAGGCCAGUCAGGAGAAGCUACCCAGGUUACAUCAACAGCGUCCUCUGCCAUCGCAUUCAGCGCUUAUCGCACGUCAAGUGUAUCGAGUACUGGUAGCGACACCAUCAUCUUUGAUAACAUCCAAACGAAUCUGGGAGAUGGGUACCAUUCGCAGUCUGGUGUCUUUAUAUGCUCAAUACCAGGUGCCUAUUUUUUCACCACCAGUUUCUUGAGUUUGAACUCAGCAAUACGCCCUGUGGUACACCUGAUCAAAAAUGGCGAAGUCAUCUUUACGAUAUACGAUUCUCAUGACAAUUACUACCACCAGUCCAGUAAUUCCGCAAUCCUUGUUUUGGCUGCAAGGGACAGAGUGUGGCUGAAGUUUGCCGGUGCCAAUAGAGGCAUUUUCAGUAAUUCGUUGAAAUAUUCUUACUUUUCGGGUUUUCUACUUUAUGCGUUGCAACUGUGAAGAAAAAUCCCCGAGCAACAACAAAUAGACGACUACCAACUUAACACUGGAACAUAGACUCUGACAGUCAUGUGGUUGCUAGGGCAGAGCUUCUGGCGUUGUUAGG